GACCGUGGCUCUCGUGCUGCUGCUGCACGAUGCCAUCGUAUCGUGGUCCGUCACUAACGCGUACGCUGUCGCGGGCCCAAUCGUCGGCUAUUGUCAGCUGGCGUCAGUACUGGAGGUGGUGCACGCCGCCACAGGGCUGGUGCACAGCGGCGUGCUGACCGCCGCCAUGCAGUGGAGCGGCCGCUCCCACGUGCUCUUCACCGUGCUCGGCCGCCUGGCACAGAUACAGCAGCAAGCGUCGGUCUUCAUUCUCCUGCUCACCUGGUCGCUCUCCGAGGUGAUCCGCUACCCCCAGUACGCCUUCUCGCUGCUCGGCUGCUGCCCCGAGUGGCUCACGUGGCUCAGGUACACGGCGUUCAUCCCGCUCUAUCCCAUUGGCAUCUUCGCAGGGGAGAUCGCACUCAUGUACAGCGCGCUGCCGUUCAUUCGCCCUGAGAAGCCCUUUCAGCACAUCUUCGGCUACCUUCCCUUUGAGUACUACCACUUCGUUGUUGGCCUGCUGCUGUGCUACCCGUUUCUGUGGAUGCACCUGUACCGCCACAUGUUCCGCCAGCGACGCAAGAAGCUCAGCGGGGGCAAGCGCACGGGCAAAAGCAAGGAGGAGAAGGGCAAGGGGAAGGUGGAGUGA